CAGAAGAUGUCUUUACUUAAUAACACUGAAUUCCACCCCAAAAACUUCCUACUCCUGGGAAUCCCUGGACUGGAAGAACUGCACAUCUGGAUAGGCUUUCCUUUCUGUGCUGUGUAUGUGAUUGCAUUUGUGGGGAAUCUUAGUAUUCUGUUUGUCAUCAAUUCAGAGAAGAGUCUUCAUCAACCCAUGUUCUACUUUUUAGCUAUGUUGGCCACUGUUGACUUGGGUCUCUCCACAGCCACCAUCCCUAAAAUGAUGGGAAUUUUCUGGUUCAACUUGACAGAGAUAAGCUUUGGGGGAUGCCUCACCCAGAUGUUUUUCAUUCAUAUUUUUACUGGUAUGGAGAGCAUUGUGCUUGUGGUUAUGGCCUUCGAUCGCUAUGUUGCCAUCUGCCAUCCUCUCAGAUAUAGUAUGAUCCUCACUAAUAAAGCCAUUGUAACUAUUUCAGGGGUAUCUAUCCUGAGGAAUUUCUCCUUAGUGACACCAAUGGUAUUUUUAGUCCUCCGGCUGCCAUAUUGUGGUCAUCAUGUCAUUCGUCAUACCUAUUGUGAGCAUAUGGGAAUUGCCCGACUGGCUUGUUCCAGUAUCAAUAUUAACAUUAUCUAUGGCCUAUUUAUUAUUUGCAUAAUAUUUUUGGAUAUGACCCUGAUUGCCAUUUCCUAUAUCCAAAUUCUUCAAGCAGUUUUUAGGCUUCCUUCUCAGGAAGCUCGUUUUAAAGCCCUUAACACCUGUGGUUCCCACAUCUGUGUCAUCUUAGCCUUCUUUACUCCUGCUCUCUUUUCAUUUCUCACACAUAGAUUUGGCCACAAUAUCCCUCAUUAUAUCCAUAUCCUCUUGGCCAAUUUAUAUGUGGUUGUUCCUCCUGCACUCAAUCCUGUUAUUUAUGGAGUCAGAACCAAGCAGAUUCGGGAAUGUUUGAUUCAAAUCUUUACAAGGAAAGAUUAA